AUGGUUCAAUCAGCAGUCCUAGGAUUCCCAAGAAUCGGAGCCUUCAGAGAGCUCAAAAAAAGCACAGAAGCUUACUGGAACGGUAAGAUUACUGCCGACCAGUUGUUGGCCACCGGAAAAGAGAUCCGUGCACACAACUGGAAGUUGCAAAAAGGUGCCGGUGUGGAUAUCAUUGCCUCGAACGACUUCUCGUUCUACGACCAAAUCUUGGACUUGUCAGCACUCUUCAAUGUGAUCCCUUCAAGAUACACCAAGUACAACUUGCCAGCCUUAGACACAUACUUUGCAAUGGCCAGAGGUUUGCAAAGAAAGGCCACCGAGACCACAAAGGCCGUUGAUGUGCCAGCUUUGGAGAUGGUGAAGUGGUUUGACUCGAACUACCACUAUGUGAGACCUACAUUCUCGCACUCGACCACAUUCAAGUUGAACGGCUCCAAACCAGUCGAUGAGUACUUGGAGGCCAAGGCCUUGGGUAUUGAGACCAGGCCCGUUGUUGCCGGACCGGUUUCGUUCCUCUACUUGGGUAAAUCCGACAAGGAUUCGCUCGACUUGGAGCCAAUCAGCUUGCUUGAGAAGCUUCUUCCUGUUUACGCAGAGCUUUUGAAGAAGUUGGCAGCUGCCGGUGCCAAGACCGUCCAGAUCGACGAGCCAACUCUCGUUUUGGACUUGCCAAAGAACGUCCAGGCUGCUUUCAAGACCGCCUACGACUACUUGGCUUCAGUUGAAGGUGUUCCGGAGUUGAUUUUGACCACCUACUUCGGCGAUGUCACACCAAACUUGGAUGCCAUCAAGGGCUUGAAGGUCGCUGGUUUCCACUUUGACUUUGUCAGAGACCCAGAGCAGCUUGAGUCUGUUGCUUCGAUCCUCAACGACAAGCAGAUCCUCUCUGUUGGUAUUGUUGACGGUAGAAACAUCUGGAAGAACGACUUUGCCUCAUCCAUCGCCUUGGUCAAGAAGGCCAUUGAGAAGGUUGGUUCGGACAGAGUUGUUGUUGCCACGUCUUCCUCGUUGUUGCACACCCCAGUUGAUCUUGCCAACGAGAAGAAACUCGACCCAGAGAUCAAGGACUGGUUCUCGUUUGCCACUCAGAAGCUUGACGAGGUUGUGACGAUUGCCAAGGCCGUUUCCGGAGCCGAUGUCACCGACAAGUUGGCCGCAAACGCCAAAUCCGUCAAGAGCAGAAAGGAGCACGAGAUCACUAAUGACUCGGCAGUCAGAAAGAGAAUGAGCGAGAUCACAGAUGACCUCACACACAGAAAGUCGCCAUUCCCAAAGAGAUUGGCCAUCCAGAAGGAGGAAUUCCACUUGCCCCUCUUCCCAACCACCACCAUUGGCUCUUUCCCACAGACCAAGGAGAUCCGUGUCACAAGAAACAAGUUCUCCAAGGGUAAGAUCUCCGAGGAGGAGUACACCGCCUUCAUCAAGAAGCAGAUCCAGGAAGUCGUCAAAUUCCAGGAGGACAUCGGUUUGGACGUUUUGGUUCACGGUGAGCCAGAAAGAAACGACAUGGUCCAGUACUUCGGUGAGAGAUUGAAAGGUUUCGCCUUCACCACCAACGGCUGGGUGCAGUCUUACGGUUCGCGUUACGUCAGACCUCCUAUUAUUGUCGGAGAUGUGUCCAGACCAGGCCCAAUGACCGUCAAGACCUCCGUAUACGCACAAUCCAUCACCAAGAAGCCAAUGAAGGGUAUGCUUACUGGUCCAGUGACGAUCUUGAGAUGGUCUUUCCCAAGAGAUGACGUCAGUCAGAAGACCCAGGCUUUGCAGCUCGCCCUCUCUUUGAGAGACGAGGUCGAGGACUUGGAAAAAGCUGGAAUCAACGUCGUUCAGGUUGAUGAGCCUGCCUUGAGAGAAGGUUUGCCUUUGAGAGCCGGUGCCGAGAGAUCGGCAUACUUGAAGUGGGCUGCCGAGUCGUUCAGACUGGCAACUUCCGGUGUCAAGGACUCCACCCAGAUCCACUCUCACUUCUGCUACUCCGACUUGGAUCCAAACCACAUCAAGGCUUUGGAUGCAGAUGUUGUUUCCAUCGAAUUCUCCAAGAAGGACGAUCCUAACUACAUCCAGGAGUUCGCCAACUAUCCAAACCACAUCGGUUUGGGAUUGUUCGACAUCCACUCCCCAAGAGUUCCUUCCGAGGAGGAGUUCGUUGCCAGAAUCGGCGAGAUCUUGAAGAUCUACCAGCCUGAGAAGUUCUGGUGCAACCCUGACUGUGGUUUGAAGACCAGAAAGUGGCCUGAGACCACCGCUUCUUUGACCAAUAUGGUUGCUGCUGCCAAGUACUACAGAAACAAGUACGCCAAGAAGAAUUAA